UGUAGUUUGUAAAUAUUCGCUGGUGUUUCCUGCCAGUCAUGGCCGCCAAUGUCUCUGCUACUGUUGCCACCUGCAGCAAUAUACUCAACAAACAACACUGCUUGUGUUCUCCUUGCAGGACAACUCCAUCGUAUAAAAACCUCCUAAUUAAACCGUAUCAACAACAACGUCUCUUUAUCUCCAAGAACCUGAACCCCCGGCCCUUUGCCGCCAUUGUUGUUAAUUCGUCGUGUAAGUUAAACAAUGUGGAUCCACAACAUGACCAUUAUUCGGACAACAAGGACGACAAGCCUAGGGAAGAGUGUGGAGUGGUUGGCAUCUAUGGUGAUCCAGACGCCUCGCGCCUAUGCUACUUGGCACUCCACGCGCUUCAACACCGUGGUCAAGAAGGUGCUGGUAUGGUUACCGUCCAUAAUAAAGUUCUCAAAUCAGCUACAGGUAUUGGUUUGGUCUCAGAUGUGUUCAACGAGUCGAAACUUGAUCAACUCCCUGGUGACAUAACUAUUGGUCACGUUAGGUAUUCCACUGCUGCUGGCUCUUCUUCAAUGCUGAAAAACAUUCAGCCUUUCGUUGCUAGUUCUAAAUUUGUAUCCUGUGGUGUUGCUCACAAUGGUAAUUUUGUGAAUUACCAAUUGCUUCGCACUGAACUUGAAGGGAAGGGGUCGAUUUUCAGUACCACCUCGGAUACUGAGGUGGUACUUCACCUUAUAGCAAAAUCAAAGGCGAGGUCGUUUGUUUUGAGGAUUCUUGAGGCUUGUGAGAAGCUUCGAGGAGCUUACUCUAUGGUGUUUGUGACCGAGGACGGUAAGCUAGUGGCAGUAAGGGACCCGUUUGGGUUCAGGCCAUUGGUUAUGGGUAGAAGGAGCAAUGGUGCUAUUGUUUUUGCCUCGGAGACAUGUGCUUUGGACUUGGUUGAGGCUAAAUACGAAAGGGAGGUCCAUCCUGGUGAGGUAGUACUAGUAGAUGAUACUACUAAAGAAAUUCAAUCAAUGUAUCUUCUUCAGCCUCAUCCUCCUAAACCUAAAUCUUGCAUCUUUGAGCAUAUUUACUUUGCUCAGCCCAAUUCAAUAGUAUUUGGGAGGUCAGUUUACGAGUCUAGACAUGCUUUCGGGGAAAUCCUUGCUACAGUGUCCCCUGUGGAUGACUGUGAUGUUGUGAUAGCAGUUCCAGAUUCGGGCGUUGUUGCAGCACUUGGUUAUGCAGCUAAAUCAGGUGUACCAUAUCAACAAGGCUUAAUCAGGUCACACUAUGUUGGCAGGACAUUUAUUGAGCCAUCACAGAAGAUUAGGGAUUUCGGGGUGAAUCUUAAGCUGUCACCAGUUAAAGCAGUAUUGGAGGGGAAAAAAGUGGUUGUUGUGGAUGAUUCAAUCGUCAGAGGGACGACCUCGUCGAAGAUUGUAAGGAUGUUAAAGGAGGCAGGGGCAAAAGAGGUCCAUAUGAGGAUUGCAAGCCCUCCAAUUAUAGCUUCUUGUUACUAUGGGAUAGACACUCCUAGUACAGAUGAAUUGAUAUCUAACAGGAUGAACGUCGAGGAGAUUAGGAAGUUUAUUGGGGCUGAUUCUCUAGCCUUUCUGCCAUCUGAUAGCUUUAGUAAGUUAUUAGGCAGUGAUCAUACAAACUUUUGUUAUGCUUGCUUUUCAGGCAAGUAUCCACUCCACUUUGAUCAACCAUAGAAAUAUGGGGGAGUCUAUAGAUGAUAGGAUGAAGUCAACUGCAGCUGCCACAUAAUUUUUUCAUUAGUUCUUUAUAGUAGUAUUCUUAAAUGAUUAUUUUCAAGUAUAACACCUUUGAUAUCAUACUUCUCAGCAACUUAUUUUUCAGUUGCAUUGAGUACAUAACAUUUCAAUCUCCCAGAAUACUCUACAGGAGAAUCACUUCUCAAAAUCAAUUUCUCCCAUGACUUAGCAGUGACAACUUCA